UCCAAACACGCCACAAAACAGUCCCUAAUCAUUCCAUAAUUGGACAUAUAAGAAGGCAAGGUUGACCAUUGCAUACUUGGAAAUGGCUUUUCAAAUUUCAUUUCCAAAAUCCCUUCUCAUUCUCUCCCUUCUCUUCCCAAUUUCCACCUCCAUUGAUACCAUCACCCCUUCCCAAUCCAUCAAAGAUGGAGAAACUCUAAUCUCCGCUGCCGGUAACUACGAAUUAGGAUUCUUCAGUCCCGGCAAUUCCACCAGCUGGUACAUCGGAAUAUGGUACAAGAAAGCCCCACCGGAGAAAAAGUACAUUUGGGUAGCCAACAGAGACGAUCCACUCACGAAUUCAUCCGGCGUUCUAUCCAUCGCUACUGAUGGAAACCUUGCAGUCUCGAUCAUGGGCCAGCCAGCGUUUCCGAUCACAAACGCUUCAACGGCGGUGAAUUACACAACCGCAAAGCUCCUCGAUACAGGAAAUCUGGUUUUGCAGGAUAAUCAGAACAGAGUGUUAUGGCAAAGCUUCGAUUACCCGACGGAUACGAUGGUCCCUGGCAUGAAAUUCGGGUUCGACAGGAGAACAGGUCGGAGCAGAAUCAUCACGUCGUGGAAAUCAGAGAACGAUCCGUCUAGUGGAGACUACGUUCUUCGAUUGGACCCACAUGGAUCCCCUCAGCUCUACUUACAAAAGGGAUCUGAUGUGGUUUGGCGAAGUGGGCCAUGGAUCGGUCAAGGAUACAGCGGCGUACCGUUGAUGUUUCAUCAAAGUGUAGUAACUUACCAUUUCACGAACGAUGAUGAUGGAAUCUACUACUGGUAUGAUCUAAACAACAAUUCCAUCUUUUCCAGAGCGUUUUUGGACAGUUCAGGUGAUCUUCAACGGUUAGUAUGGCAAGCUGGGGCCCAGCGAUGGACGAUGUUCUGGCGGGCGAACGAGGAUAAAUGCGAUCAGUAUUCAAGGUGUGGGACCUACAGCAGCUGUGAUGUGAAUCGUGUUUUGAUUUGUGAGUGUUUGCAAGGUUUUAAGCCCAAGGUGCCUGAGGCGUGGAAUCUGCACGAUUGGUCUGGUGGGUGUGAUCGACGGCAGGGAUUGGGUUGUGGGAAGGGAGAUGGGUUUAAGAAAGUGGAGAAUGUUAAGCUGCCCGAUACAUCGGAUGCUCGGGUCGUUAGAGUAUCGGGUUUGAGGGAGUGCAGAGAUGAGUGUUUGAAGAACUGCUCUUGUAGUGGUUAUUCAAGUGCUGAAUUUGAGAAGUGGGGAGGUGAGUGCUUGAUUUGGUAUGGGGAUUUGACGGAUGUGAAGCUGUUUACUGACGGUGGGAUGGAUUUAUACGUUCGUUUGGCGGGUUCGGAGUUCGAUUCAAGCUCGAAGAGGAAAAGGCUGGUGCUGAUUCUCGCAUUAACGGUCAUACCGGGGACGCUGCUCAUCUCCUUAUGCAGCUAUCGCUUCUGGAAGAGAAAAACUGAAAGGAAAGGAUUCUUCAGCCCCGGCAAUUCCACCAGCUGGUACAUCGGAAUAUGGUACAAGAAAGCCCCACCGGAGAAAAAGUACAUUUGGGUAGCCAACAGAGACAAUCCACUCACGAAUUCAUCCGGCGUUCUAUCCAUCGCUACUGAUGGAAACCUUGCAGUCUCGAUCAUGGGCCAGCCAGCGUUUCCGAUCACAAACGCUUCAACGGCGGUGAAUUACACAACCGCAAAGCUCCUCGAUACAGGAAAUCUCGUUUUGCAGGAUAAUCAGAACAGAGUGUUAUGGCAAAGCUUCGAUUACCCGACGGAUACGAUGGUCCCUGGCAUGAAAUUCGGGUUCGACAGGAGAACAGGUCGGAGCAGAAUCAUCACGUCGUGGAAAUCAGAGAACGAUCCGUCUAGUGGAGACUACGUUCUUCGAUUGGACCCACAUGGAUCCCCUCAGCUCUACUUACAAAAGGGAUCUGAUGUGGUUUGGCGAAGUGGGCCAUGGAUCGGUCAAGGAUACAGCGGCGUACCGUUGAUGUUUCAUCAAAGUGUAGUAACUUACCAUUUCACGAACGAUGAUGAUGGAAUCUACUACUGGUAUGAUCUAAACAACAAUUCCAUCUUUUCCAGAGCGUUUUUGGACAGUUCAGGUGAUCUUCAACGGUUAGUAUGGCAAGCCGGGGCCCAGCGAUGGACGAUGUUCUGGCGGGCGAACGAGGAUAAAUGCGAUCAGUAUUCAAGGUGUGGGACCUACAGCAGCUGUGAUGUGAAUCGUGUUUUGAUUUGUGAGUGUUUGGAAGGGUUUAAGCCCAAGGUGCCUGAGGCGUGGAAUCUGCACGAUUGGUCUGGUGGGUGUGAUCGACGGCAGGGAUUGGGUUGUGGGAAGGGAGAUGGGUUUAAGAAAGUGGAGAAUGUUAAGCUGCCCGAUACAUCGGUUGCUCGGGUCGUUAGAGUAUCGGGUUUGAGGGAGUGUAGAGAUGAGUGUUUGAAGAACUGCUCUUGUAGUGGUUAUUCAAGUGCUGAAUUUGAGAAGUGGGGAGGUGAGUGCUUGAUUUGGUACGGGGAUUUGACGGAUGUGAAGCUGUUUACUGACGGUGGGAUGGAUUUAUACGUUCGUUUGGCGGGUUCGGAGUUCGAUUCAAGCUCGAAGAGGAAAAAGCUGGUGCUGAUAGUCGCUUUAACGGUCAUACCGGGGACGCUGCUCAUCUUCUUAUGCAGCUAUCGCUUCUGGAAGGGAAAAACUGAAAGGAAAGGAAAUGAAGGUGUGCCGCAUGUAACGGAGAGAAGGAAUGGGAGCUUUUCAAAUGAGAGUGUGAAGACUUCAGAUCUGCCAUUGUUUAAUCUGGAUGAUGUGGUGAUUGCUACCGAUGACUUCUCCGAAUCAAAUAAGCUUGGAGAGGGUGGCUUUGGCCCCGUUUACAAGGGGACUCUAAGGAAUGGUAUACAAAUAGCGGUGAAAAGGCUGUCGAGGAAUUCAGGGCAAGGAAUAGAAGAAUUCAAAAAUGAGGUGGCACUAAUACAACAGCUGCAGCAUAGAAAUCUAGUUAGAAUACUUGGUUGUUGCAUUCAAGGAGAAGAAAAGAUGUUGAUCUACGAAUACAUGCAAAACAAAAGCCUGAACUAUUUUAUUUUCGAUCAAGGAAAAGGGGUGCUGUUAGAUUGGAGGAAGCGGUUCGAUAUUAUUGUUGGAAUUGCUCGAGGAGUUCUUUAUCUUCAUCACGAUUCUAGAUUGAGAAUUAUUCACAGAGAUUUGAAAGCUAGCAACAUUCUUCUAGACGACGAAAUGAACCCUAAAAUUUCAGAUUUUGGCAUGGCCAGAAUUUUCAAAGGAAAUCAGACCCAAGGCAACACAAAUAGAGUGGUUGGCACAUAUGGUUACAUGUCGCCGGAGUAUGCCAUCGAUGGGCUUUUCUCAGUGAAAUCAGAUGUGUUUAGCUUUGGGGUCUUAUUAUUAGAGAUCAUUAGUGGAAAACGAAACAACGGUUAUCAUAAUCCCGACUCUAAUUUAAUGGGCCAUGCAUGGCAUCUAUGGAACGAAGGUAGGAGUUUGGAUCUGGUGGAUUCCUCAAUCGCCGAUUCGUGUCCCACCAAUGAAGUCCUGAGAUGCAUCCACGUGGGCCUUUUGUGUGUGCAAGAAAAUGUGACAAGCAGGCCCACCAUGUUAUCAGUUGUAUCCAUGUUAUGCAACGAAAUGGCCAUUCCUCCACCCAAGAAACCAGCCUAUUGUAACAAGAAGAAUUUCAUGGAUGCAGAUUCAUCCACAAGUGGGGCCGGAUCUUAUUCCAUCAAUGAGAUGACAACUACUGAAGUGCAAGCUCGUUAGGGAUUAUAUAGAUUUUUCUGUUGAGGUUCCUCAAAAUCUCUGCAUUUUCAUGUUGUGCAUCCGUGGGAUCUGUGUCGUUCAUUAGGUGAGACCCACAGACAGCGAUGCAGGCCACACCCAGGCCAGAUACGUAGGCCACCAGCCAUCCGUUUUUCCUUUGUACACGUAUAUAGUUCCGUCGGAGAUGGGUCUGGUCUACUUUUCUGGAUGGGCACAUUCAUGGUUUGGCCUACCUGAUGAACGGUGCUGAUCUCAUACAUGCUGCCGUUUUAGCACGUGUGGUCAUUCACGUAUAGCCUUUAGGGCUAUUUGUGUUUAUGGAUUCCAGAUAAUGCCACGUAAGUAGGAUUCUUAUUUCCUGUGUUUAUUUGAACAUGCAUUUCGGCACAUAAAUUGAGAGAAUUGAUUAUAGUUUUAUAUUUUUCA